AUGGCGGUCGGCGGCGACGACGACAGCAUGGAGCGGGACUUCGCCGCCAGGCUGCGCCUCGCGCAUUCGCCCUCCCCGGCCACGCCUGCCGCCGCCUCCUCCCCCACCGCCGCCGGGGGCAUCGCCUUCCGCGCGCCGCAGGAGCAGUUCACCGCCGACGACUUCGUACUCGGCAAGAUCUACGGCGUCGGCUCGUACUCCAAGGUGGUGCGGGCCAAGAAGAAGGACACGGGCCGCGUCUACGCGCUCAAGAUCAUGGACAAGAAGUUCAUCACCAAGGAGAACAAGAUCUCCUACGUCAAGAUGGAGCGCAUCGUGCUCGACCAGCUCGACCACCCGGGCGUCAUCAGGCUCUUCUUCACUUUCCAGGACACAUACUCCCUCUACAUGGCGCUCGAGUCGUGCGAAGGCGGGGAGUUGUUCGACCAAAUUGUCCGGAAAGGUCGUCUCUCUGAGGACGAUGCACGGUUUUAUGCUGCUGAAAUCGUCGAUAUACUGGAGUAUUUGCAUAGCGUCGGCUUAAUUCAUCGGGACGUCAAGCCAGAAAAUCUACUGCUUACUUCUGAUGGCCACAUCAAGAUUGCUGACUUUGGUAGUGUCAAGCCUACAAGGGAUACUCCAAUCAAAGUUCUCCCAAAUUCAACUAAUGAAAGGGCCUGUACAUUUGUUGGAACCGCCGCAUAUGUACCACCUGAGGUCCUGAACUCUGCACCAGCAACCUGUGGAAAUGAUUUAUGGGCAUUGGGAUGCACGCUGUACCAAAUGCUUUCUGGUUCUUCGCCGUUUAAAGAUGCCAGUGAGUGGUUAAUUUUCCAGAGAAUCAUUGCAAGGGACCUCAAAUUUCCAGAGUAUUUUUCAGCUGAAGCAAGAGAUCUUAUUGACAAAUUGCUGGAUGUUGAUCCAAGCAAAAGGCCAGGUGCAGGACCUGAUGGUUAUUCUUCCUUGAAGGAGCAUCCUUUCUUCAGAGGCAUAGACUGGAAGAACCUGAGGAAGACACGACCACCUAAGCUCGCAAUCGAUGCAUAUGCAAAUGAAGAUGAAGAUGGCCAGGAUUCAAAUUGGUUGGCACACAUGGGAGGUGCAGCAGUCAACCAACAGUCAAACACUGUUGGUAAUAAUGGUGCCCCAUCAUCAUCUGAAGUGCGCUCCCAUAUAUCUAAAUUAGCUUCCAUCGACUCCUUCGACUCAAAAUGGCAAGAAUUCCUGGACCCUGGUGAGUCUGUAGUCUUGAUAUCAAAGCUGAAGAAGAUUAAUAAGCUAGCAAACAAGAAGGUCCAGUUGAUCCUCACUGACAAACCUCAAUUGAUCUGUGUUGACCCUUCAAAAAUGGUGGCCAAGGGAAACAUUAUUUGGUCUGAUGAUCCAAGUGAACUUAGUGUGCAAGUAUCAGAUUCUUCACAUUUUAGAAUAUGCACGCCAAAGAAGGUGUCAACGUUUGAGGAUGCGAAACAGCGUGCCUGGCAAUGGAAGAAGGCAAUUGAAGACCUCCAACGCAGCCAAAGGAAUUGA